GUCUCAGAGCCCCUCGACCAGCUUUCAUGUGUCACCGCAGGCAGGCCAUCAAACCCCCAGUUGAUGACACUGAGGAUUCCGAUGAAGAAUGGACGCCAAGGCAUCAAGUCAAACCUUCUUGGAUGACAUUCAGAGUGGAGCAGAGUAAACAACAGAAGGGAAUCCACAAAGUGCCAUUAAGUAAGGAAUCUAGCUUGAAGGAUUUAUCAGAAACAGCAAAGUUGCUGAACACAAGUGGCUCAGAGCAGGGCCAGAAACCGUCCCUUUUUGGAGAAGCAAGUACCCCUGGACAUCGCUCUAGACAAAACUUGGAGCUCAGGAGAAAGGAGAUUGAAGUGAAGAUGUAUAGUCUAUGAGAAAGAAAGGGCUUUGCAUACCAAGAAGUCAGCGAGCCCCAGGAUGAUGACUACCUCUAUUGUGAGAAGUGUCAGAAUUUCUUCAUUGAGAGCUGUGCUGCUCAUGGGCCAGCUACAUUUGUAAAGGACAAUGCAGUGGACAAGGGGCAUCCCAACGGCUCAGCCCUCACUCUGCCCCCUGGUCUGAGAAUCAGACCAUCGAGCAUCCCUGAGGCUGGGCUUGGAGUAUGGAAUGAAGCAUCUGAUCUGCCACUGGGUAUACACUUUGGCCCUUAUGAGGGUCAGAUCACUGAAGGUGAAGAGGCAGCCAACAGUGGAUACUCCUGGCUGAUCACCAAAGGGAGAAACUGCUACGAGUAUGUGGAUGGAAAGGAUAACUCUUGGGCCAACUGGAUGAGGUAUGUGAACUGUGCCAGUGAUGAUGAGGAGCAGAACCUGGUGGCUUUUCAAUAUCACAGGCAGAUCUUCUACCGAACCUGCCGGGUCGUCAAGCCAGGCUGUGAACUUCUGGUCUGGUAUGGUGAUGAGUAUGGCCAGUAGCUGGGCAUCAAGUGUGGAAGCAAGUGGAAGAGCGAGCUCUCAGCAGGGAAAGGUGGGCACCACUGCUCUUCAAAACAGAAAGAAAAGAAAGAAUUCUCCUUGGAA